AUGGCAAUCCUUGAGACUAAUCUUGCUGAUGAAGCCAAUGUGAAUUCUAGGAGCCAUACUGCUUCUAGUAGAACUGGUGGCGACCGGAAGAGGAAGAGGGACGCAGCCGAGGAGGGUAAAACCUCAAGGGGUAGGCCUGAGUGUCCCAUGUGUGGUAGACGCCAUGGAGGCGAGUGCUGGAGAGCCAUGGGUGCUUGUACUCGUUGUGGCAAGAUGGAUCAUGCGGCUCGUGACUGUCUGGGACCUGACCAGAGUCGGGGACAUGCCUCGAGUGGUGGUGGAUCCUUUCACUGUCACGGCUGUGGCAAGGCAGGACAUCUCCGUACAGAUUGUCCCAAGUCACAGGGUGGUCAGGACAAGAACCGUGGAGAGGCAAGCAAGCCGAGCCUGAACCGGCGUCAGUCCUCCACACCAAGAGUGUACGAGCUGUCUAAGGACGAGGAUGAGGCUGGACCGUUCAAGGCUAUCACUGGAACCUUGAGUAUCGGUGGUGUAGAAACACAUGUACUUUUCGACACUGGAGCUACACACAGUUUUGUGAGUCCAGGAAUGAUCAGAAAGGGUUUGUUCCGGUUAGGAACUGAGGAUGAACCUUGCAUAGUGAAUGCAGCUGGUGGCCAACUAAUGCAUUCAAUAGGGCAGAUUAAGGGGAUUCCAGUAGUGAUCAAAGACAGGGUGAUGCCUGCGGAUCUGAUUGUUAUCCGCCUUGAGAAUCAUGAAGUGAUCUUAGGUAUGGAUUGGCAUGGAAAGCAUAGGGCCACCCUUGACUGUCGUCGUGGACGGGUGCAGUUUGAGAUGGGUUGUGAAGCCCCGGUUAGCUUCCAAGGGAUGUGUCCGACCCCUGGAAAUAUAGUGGUGUCAGGAGUCCGAGAGGAACGGAUGCUUGAAAAUGGUUGUGAGGCCUAUUUGGCUACCAUUACCACUAGGGAGGUCGUAGAGGGUGGUAACCCGGGCGGGAUUCCGUUGGUCAUUGAGUUAGAGGAUGUGUUCCGGGCGCUAUAG